CUCUUUUGUGCUGUCAGAUUCCUGGGUGCAAGGUGGCCUCAUUAGUGCCCAGAGACCAACCCAUCUCCAGGGAGCAGGCAGACAGACAAGGGGGGGACCAGGGGCAUAGUGAUCCAACCUCAGCUUCUGAAUGUCUCAGCGGCCAUUCCUUGGGCCCAACCUGGAGACGGCCCCCCUGCAGACGGCUAAUCUUAGACUUGCCUUUGUCUGGCCCUGGAGUGAAGGCAAGGGCCUGUCUCUUCCCCACCACCUCAGACCACUAUAAACCCCAACCUCCUGGUAGCAGGGCACAGUAGACUGCCUCGAGAUUCCUGGCCAUCUGGACGACUGCAGACACCUCCUUUCCUGGCUGCCCCACCCUGCACUCCAGAAACCAUGAAGCUUCCUUCCACAAAGGUCUCCUGGGCCGCCGUGACGCUACUGCUGCUGCUGCUCCUGCCGCCCGCGCUGCUGUCUCCCGGAGCGGCCGCGCAGCCCCUGCCCGACUGCUGUCGUCAGAAGACGUGCUCUUGCCGCCUCUACGAGCUGCUGCACGGCGCUGGCAAUCACGCGGCUGGCAUCCUCACCCUGGGCAAGCGGCGGCCGGGACCCCCGGGCCUCCAGGGUCGGCUGCAGCGCCUCCUGCAGGCCAGUGGCAACCACGCCGCUGGCAUCCUGACCAUGGGCCGCCGCGCAGGCGCAGAUCCAGCGCCGCGCCUCUGUCCCGGGCGCGGCUGUCCCGCCGCGGCUGUCACCUCCGUCGCUCCUGGGGGACUGUCUGGGGUCUGAGCCAUUCUUCAGGCCCCCUCCUGGUUCUGCUCUCUUCCCUAUGCCCACCCGGCAUCGGCCCCCAGAAAAACAGCAAUAAAGGCGAGUCUCC